AUGUGGGAUGACGAUCAUUGGUGCUUUGUGCACCACAGCAGUGGGGCCCCCAAGGAGGCCGGCUUGCUGACCUGCAUAUCCAAGCGUUUGGCCACCCCUGAGGGCAUUAGGCAUAGCUCCAUCAUCGCAGGUAGGUUGCAGCACUUGCGGAUCACACCCAAAGCAGGACAUCAGCCUAUAGACCUUCUUCAUGCAUAUCAGUUCGCCUGGCACCACCGCAAACAGGACAGCAAGAACGACUGGUGGCAGGAUGCCAUGCGCCGCAGGGCUCAGUUCCUGCAAAAGCUGUGUAGCUCCGUUCGAUCGCUCCCUCGUCGUAACCUUUUGUGCAUCACAGGUGACCUGAACACACAGCUUGCAUCAUGCAAAGGAGUCGUCGGCCUUGGUAUCCCUUCUACCCCUCCCCCGCAACAAGACGGUCAGGACCUGCUGCACACGUUGUGCACAUAUGGACUGGUGGCGACCAACACCUUUGGUCAGGCACCGGGUGCAACGUUUGUCAAUCCUGCCACAAAUGCCCAAACACUGAUUGAUUACAUUAUUCUACGUGGGGCACAUGCCGACGGCACCAGUCUUGCCAGCGGACCGGUGCAGGAUUGGCCGGUGGCCAUGGGCCGAUUGGGCUCUCGACACAUACCGGUCCGAGGCUCUUUUCCUUUCACGUGGUGUCCCUGGGUGCACUCUCGUUCUAAGCAGCUGACUUUGAAGCCUAGGUCCGUUUGGGAAGCAGUUCGGAACGACCCCGCACGACAGCAAGCCUUUCGUGACAAACUGAGGGUCACCCUACCCCAGCAACCCACAAUUGCUGACAUAGAUCGAUGCUUGACUCAGGCCUGGAUUCACAGCCAACCGGCGGGUGCACGGGGAACCCUUGCACCGGCGGGGACAGCUGCUACUGUGUCGGCCGAAGCCACAGCCGUGCGCGCUCUUUGGCAAUUGCGCAACGAACGGGAUGCGCUGACCCAUAGGCCACCUGUCUACUGCCUGCGUGCAGCCUUCGCGGCAUGGAGGCUUGAUCAUCAGAUCCGUGCACUUGAGCGCAAGAUCGUUGCUGAGCGCCGCGCUCGCAAGAAGGCCUUUCUUCUCGAGCAAACCGCUUUGGCGGAGCGGGCGGCACAGCAGGGCCAGAUGUCUGCAUUGUAUCGUGUGGUGAACCGCCUUGCUCCUCGCAAGGUCAGGGCACGGUUGCAAAUCCGCGAUCCCGAGGGCAACCUUCAGGAUCCACAGGCGGAAUGCGACACACUUUUGCAAUACUUCAGGGAUCUUUUUGCUUCUUCGAAGGCUUGCCCGACACAGGUCUUCGAUUGCAGUGUUCAGCUUUUCGACUCCAGCAUGUGCACAGCGGCCCUUGAAUCUCUGUCGGCUUUGAAGGCCGCGCAUCCAUCGGCUUCGCCUGGAGUCCUAUGGAAGCUCGCUGCACAAGAGGUGGGCCCGGUGCUCAGUGACUGUCUCAAUGCUGCCUUUUCGAACGUACCCCACAUGCUUCCCCUGCCCAUUAGGUCGAUGAUUGCUGCUGGUAUGCGAGAUGCCAUGAUCCCUGAGCCCAUUGUUCAACAGGUCCCCACGCGUCAGAAAUACUCACCAUUUAUGCUGACGAUCUGA